UUGCAAAGCCUGUCAAAUAUUUCAUUCGAACUGAGUAAUUAUUUCAAGUUUUUCCAGAAAGCGCUGUGAUAUCUUCGAGAAAUAGGAUAUCAUUAUCUGCAACAGAUAAAGGAGCGUUUCUUGAAGAAUUCUCGUAAAAACCAUGAGGGUUUUCUGUUGGCCCGCAUUCGUGCAUGUUGUGUUCUUCAUUAUACUCAGCCAUGUUGAGACAGUCGCCGCAAGCAACAACACCACAACCGCCACAAGUUGCCAAAAGCAAGUAAAUAACAGAUGUCCUAUGUCACUAAAAAUAGACUGGUGGGAGAUUCCACCCUACAUUUACAAAGACCCAAAUAAUGGAGUGAGUGGCAUCUUUCCAGACAUUUUGAAGGACCUUGUAAGACAGUGCUGUGACAGUGAGGACAACUCAAACUCGGACGCCAACGUCCCGUCCUGUGUUCACCUCAAUUAUAGUGAAGUUCCCUCCAAUGACUCUGAGGUGGUUAAAAAGCAAAUCGAUAAGAACGGCACACUGAUCAGCAUGCCCAUAUAUGGAGACAUGAAGGACGUGACGUUUCAAAACCAUCCAUUUUACCCAGUCGUUGAAUCUCCCGGUGUCGUGUUCAUCGUGAAAAAGGAGGAUUCAUCUAAUGCUGCCCAGGCUGUCAUGGAGGCUGUCUUCCAAGGAUGGCCCGUCCUCCUCCUCACGCUCAUUAUGGCCGCGCUGUCUGGCAUAGUGGUCUGGGCACUGGACACCUACUGGAAUCCUGAAGAAUUCCCGCGCUCGUUCUUCAAAGGGACAUGGGAAGGUUUCUGGUGGGCGUUUGUAUCCAUGACAACUGUUGGGUAUGGUGACCGCGCGCCACGAUCAGUGCUGGCGCGCACGUUUGCUUUCAUCUGGGUUCUCAUCGGUCUCGUGAUCAUAUCAAUCUUUACCGCCACAGUCACAACGUCACUCACCGCCAUAUCGCUUAGCAACGAAAUCAAACUGUACGGAUCUGACGUUGUCGCUUUGAAGAACACAGAGGAGCAAAGGCUUGGUGUACGAAAUAAUGCUAAAGUUUCAGAACUAAACAGCGUCAGUGAACUCAAAGACGCUGUUAUAAAGCAGGAUCCGAAAGUUACUGGAGCGCUACUGGACAGUUAUGUCGCAGGCUACUGGGCCAAGGUAGCAGAAAACCCUGUUUUAAAAAACCCGGACCUCCGCGUGGGGACUGUGCUCGAUCAUCAGUUUGCAUAUGGCUUCGUUAUCGCUGGUGCCUUGAAGAAUGCUGAAAAAUGUAUUAGGAAGAAGCUUAACAGCAUGGAAACCAAAAUAACGCAAAUCAUCCAAAAGCAGGCAAAAACUAUGGAGGAACCUGGGGAGAGCGCAGCCGUGGAGAAAACGAACAACCUGUUUGAUGCCGAGUCACCAAUGUUCAGGAAAGCUAUCUAUACUUGCAUCGGACUUGUAGGUGCGCUGACCAUCUGCGGGCUCAUUUGGGAGUUCCUUUAUUGGCGACCACGUCAGCCUAAAGAAGCAAAGACAGAGGUUGAACGAAUCGUGACGCCAGAAACCUCUUACGAAAACCUAGUGGCCAUGCAGUGCGCAGAAAUCGAGGAGGCCAUGAUGAAUGAGGUUCAACGAUUUUACGUCGCUUGGAACAAGAAACUGGAAGAACUGAAACGGCGCAACGGACAGAGUCCAAGUGACGUAAAUAUAAUAGGUAUGGGGGUGAGUGGAGGUGACAUGAGAAGCUUGUGAUGAGAGCUGUGCGGGAACUAUACGGUCAGCAUUAGUGAGGCAUUUAUUGACAACACUUACUCAAAAGCUACUCUUAAGAAGAUAUGACAUGAAACUUUUGACGGUCAGAGCAUGCACAGAUCUACCGAACUUAGGACAUAAGCAUCGAAACACGAAAUCUGAACAACAUUGUUAUUAACGAUAUUAAGUCUUUUCCGCUUUACUGCAGCGCACAACUGAGUUAUCUAUUUGUGUAGAUGCUUAGUGUUUUUACCCCAUGGGUGUUUCUGAACUUUGAAGUUUCUUUCGCGAAGAAUGUAGAACCUGUUUCAGAGGUACGAUGUUAAUGCAAUCAGCGUUUGCACCUGGACUUACAUCGGACCUUUAAACCAAACGAAGGAAUGUAUGCGUCUUUAUCCCAAAUCUGUCGUCACUGUCAAUAUUUUAAGCUAAUGCUGGACUCUCUUAUCAGACCAGGAGCCUGUUGUGUUCCCUACAUUGUAAAUAUUGUCUCAUUAUCACAUUUGCAGCCGUUUCCUACAUUACGUAAAGUUACCCACAUUUAGCCUGAUAAUUUUGCUACAUUUUUUCAUAUUUUGCAAAUGACUUACCAUUGUAUGAUCGCGAUUAUGAGGCCGUAGGUCAAAGGCAAACUAACCUUCAUAAGUAGAGCUCUAAUUGUUACUGCUUUUAAAAAACUUAUACGAAACAUUGAACUUAGAUGAAACACAAACUUUUCUAGAUUCGCAAAAAGAUUAUCAUCGUCAUUUAGUUGUGGUUAAAAUAGUUUAUACUAGUGAUGGCAGAUAAGGAGUGAAUGGCGGAACCCCCAAACACGAGGUCUUUCUUCCUGAAUUUACUUUGUGUCGAUGGAGACCCUUGACUUGCAUCUCCACCCCCACUCUUUUCUGCUUCCAUCCCUCCUCCCCCCGUUACCUGAAGUUCCGAAUCUGCCAAAGCUAUGGAUAUAACCAUGAAAAUUGUUAACAAAGGAAAGUGUAAAAGGUAUCUCUUUUAUCUCAUGGUAUAACUUAGAAUAGACCAGAGCUGUGAGAGUUUGGCUCUCAUGACGUUAAGUACAGGUUUUAAGAGCAGCUUCUAGUCUUUGGCUUUAAUAUUUAUCCAUUUAAGAAGUUAGAAGUCUUUCGUAAUAUUAUUAAAGCAACCCACUUGAUUUAUUAACCGUUUUUUAACACCUAGGAAAAAAAUAGGUAAAAUUGUCAUAGACUAAAUGAGUCAUGAUAAAUUCACAUUGCACAUGGUAGUUUUCGUGGAAUAUGCAAAUAAAAAGGUUUAGAAUACCAUGA